ACUACAAAACAAACAUGGACGACAGAAGGUGCAAUAGUACAAAUAUAGAUAGAAAGUAAUGUUAAAAGUACAACUAUGUCUUAAACUAUGACUGGGUUAGAAGAACUGGAUGAAGCCGAUAUUGUAGAAGCUAUACGGCGAGAGCUGGAAACGUUGGACGACUCUAAUUUAGAAAAUAUAGAAGAUUUUUCAGGCACAAAACAUGAAAAACCCCGAGCAGAUUUGUCGGACUAUGAAACAACACUAUCCAGUGAGGAGAAGUAUGGUGUGCCACCAGACUCAGUUGAGAUGUUUAUCAAGCUGUUGCAAUCAAGGAACAAUGAGCUGCAAGAGCAAUUAGCAACAACCGAAGUUGCUGUAAGCUUGACACCAUUACAUGAAGAUGUUGGUGCUGUCAACAAUGAGUUGGAUGAGGAUGGGACAAAAAUAUCAACAGAAGAAAAAGAAAAAGUUUUACAUGAAAUCGAGGAACUUGAAGCAGAUGUUGCAGGAACUAAAAAAAAUGUUAUAGAAAUUGAUGAUGAAAAUAUUGCAUCCCUGGAACAAAUUGCAUUAAAAAAUUUAAAAGAGCUGGAAAUGAAACAAGAAGAAAGAAGUGAUCAAUUGAAGAACGUCUUUAAUGAAAUAAAAGAGGAUGAAAAGUUGAGAUAUGAGAAAGAAAAAAGGAUAAGAGAAGAAAAUAAAAGGAAGGCAAAUGAAGAACAUCAAUUGAAGAUGACCGAGAAUCAGAAUGUUAAAAAGAAGUUGGAAAAUGAGGCUGAGCAAUGUCAAAAGAAGCUAUACAAUCUUCAGAAACAAUUUGAGAUGGAAAUGAAAGAUUUGGAAAAAAGACGGGAAGAUGAAAGAUUAGCAUUGGAACAAUUGAAGAGUGAUGAGAGGAGAAAACGUCAAGCUCAGAGAGAACUUGCUUGUAUCACAAUCCAAAAGAAUUUUCGGAAGUUCAGAGUUCAGUCAAAGUUUGGUAAGACCCUGAAGGUGAAGAGAGAAGAAAGACGUAAACGAAGACUGGAGGAGUUGGAGGCGUUAGAUAAGAAAGAGAAGAGACUAGCGGAAGAAGCUGUGAAAAUGGCAAUGGAAGAAGAAGAAAGGAGGUUGAAAGAAAUUGAAAUGGAAAGAGAGAGAAAGGAAGCGGGGGAAAGAAAAAGAUUAGAAGAUGAAAAGAGAAAAGCUGAGGAGGAAGAGCUUAGAAAGAAAUUAGAAAUCGAGAGAGUACAGGAAAGAGAGAGGUUGGAAAAACAGAGAAAAUUAGAAGAACAAAGAAAAUUUGAAGAACAAAGAAAAUUAGAAGAACAAAAGAAAUUAGAAGAACAAAGAAAAUUAGAAGAACAAAAGAAAUUAGAAGAACAAAGAAAAUUAAAAGAACAGAGGAAAUUAGAAGAACAAAAGAAAUUAGAAGAACAAAAGGAAUUAGAAAAGCAAAGGAAAUUAGACGAACAAAGAAAAGUGGAAGAACAAAAGAAAUUAGAAGAACAGAAGAAAUUUGAAAGGCAACGGAAAUUAGAAGAACAGAAGAAAUUGGAGGAAGAAAAAAAGUUGAGAGAGCAAAGGCAAAUGGAGGAAGAAAAGAAAUUAGAAAAACAAAUGAAAAUGGAAGAACAAAAUCAAAUAGAGAAACAAAAAAUAUUAGAACAAAAUAAUACAAUUUCAAAAACACUUCAGAAUAACGAUUACAAUAUGUCAAAGGAAAUGUCUACAGUUGCUUGCGAUUGUUCUGAAUUGUGCGUAGGAUGGGAAAGACGUAGAGAUGACUGGCUGAAACGAACUACUUCAUGGAGCACGGCGGCCGUGGAUGAGAAGACGGAUGUGAAGAUACGAUCCAAACCAAGACGACCGCUUUCUGCUUCACAAAAACUGCCUUCUUUAUCUGAAGAGGAGUUGUUAAAUUUUUCUAAAGGAGUAACGUCUGUGGAUAAAAUUGUUUGUAUCAACGUGAAGGAUCUUCCUCCGCGCAAUUUUAAGACCAUGUCGAGAUGUCCCAACGUCAAGUCUGUCACUGUCACAAACUGUAGCGUGUUAUCAGCAGAGGGUUUUGAUAAUUGUAAACAAUUAAUUGAACUAAAUCUUUCCGACAACAGCAUUCAGAAUGUAAGCUGUCAGAACUUGGAAUCUCUCGAACAGCUCGAUUUAAGAAACAACCAACUGACGUCUAUACAUGGCCUUGAUGACUGUAAGAAUUUGCGAUCACUUUAUCUAAAUGGAAACAAGAUUACCAGAAUAGGAACAAUACAAUCCAACCAAGUAUUUUUUCUCUCACUGAAAAAUAAUCAACUCAUCACCACCAAGGGUUUAUCCAUUUGGAAAUACUUACAAAUCCUGGAUUGUUCAAAUAAUCAUUUGAGUCAAAUCCAAGAAUUGGAGUGUUGUCCUUUACUACGAAUUCUGAAAUUACGAGGAAACAAUCUGAGAAAGCCCCCAGAGUUAUCAAAUCAUGUUUUACUACGAGAACUUCAUCUGAGUGAGAACAAUAUCUCCUCCAUGGAUUGUCUCUCCAGUCAGUGGCUGCCACUUCUGCAACAUCUAUAUCUUGACAACAACAGCUUAUCCAGCGUGUGUCCUUUGAGAGCUUUUCCGAUGUUGGAAACUUUGGAUGUGCAAAACAAUUUGAUUUCAGAGGAGGAGAAUAUUUUACCCGGCCUUACGGAAUGCCAUCAAUUACGAGUACUGAAUAUACAGGGAAACCCGGUGUGCGAAGACUCGGAUCUCAAAUUUGGUAUAUUGAAGACGUUGCCAGAACUGAGAUCCUUGGAUGGAGAAACACUCGAAACUAACAUGAAUAACGAUCAUUCUGGCGUUAAGACAAUUUUCCAUUCCAUUUUCUGCGCACAAAUUAUUGCGCAAGAUGACAUGCUCAAUAGACAAAAAGCGGAAAUAGACACUUGCCAAGAUGAAACUGGUCAUAAUAAUCAGGUUGUGAAGAGAUUGAAACUUGAAAGUGGACAUUAUCAAGAAUUGCAAAGCCUAAUCAUCAAACAGCGGUUGGAACAUGAGAACUUUAAGAUAGCUUCUACCAACGAGGUGUCGCCGAAGGAUAAUGUUUCGGUCUUGUCUGAUCUUACCUCACCAAACAAGAUGGUUGAGAAAAAGGAUUCAGGGAAAUCAGUGAGUGCUGGAAAGGAUGCGUCUUUUACUAUUGACAGAGACGUUCGAUCACCUUGUGUUCCGUCCCCAAAUAUUAGAAUGGAUGAAGAUGGCAUGAUGAAACGAAACCAGGCUGCCACUCUCAUACAGGCAAAGUUUCGCGGGUAUCGUAUACGGAAAAGAUAUUUAGAAGCGACUAAGACAGCCCAAUUCUCGGACAUAGAUUUGGAGACGGAGGAUUUCAAUUUCGAUGAAGAAGUUGAUCUCGAUAUGUUUGAUAUGGAUGAAGCUGCUUUAGAUAGUUCCUGGGUACCUACAAACUUGCCUCAAACUGCAAGAGAUUCGAGUUUAGAUGAAACACCCACACACUAUCAAGUUGGCGAUUAUGGACUUCAAACAGAGUCAACGCCUCAAGAAGAUAACAGUCGAACAUUUCCUCGCAAACACGCGUGGAGAUCACCCGAUUCCCCACUACACAGUCCCAACCCAAGAAACGUUAUUCCUCCGAUACAAGCUCCGAGUGUCCUGUCUGAGCAAACAUCCCCGCCUGGUGAAACCCAUCGAUCUCAUAGAACCAGUGAACUGUCCAGUGAAUGGGGAUUUCGAAAGAACACCACAGCUGAGUUGAUGGUUAAACGAGCGAAUAAAAUGAAAUACAACGCCCUUCGCAAGAAGAAAUUAACAGAUCCUGAUAAACGGUUUCAACUCUUUAAGAAGGCAGAUGAAACGAACAAAGCCCGUGGUGUUCAGACAGUGCAGAAGAGAAAAGAGAAACAAAGAGUGGAUUAUUUCAGCGGACGACCAUACGGGGAUUAUGAGAAUACAAAAGAAAAAGAAGACACGAAAGCAAAGAAAGAAAUGACAUUUAGUUGGGUUUAUGACCAAGCUGUCCUGCAUAAGGAUCAAGGAGAAGAGAUAAUACGAGACACCAGAGAAUAUUAUAGCGAGACAAGACCAGGCAAAAACAGUCAUGAAAGGUCUCCACCAGGAGUGAUCUUACCGCAAAUGGAUCCAGUGAUUUUGGCUGGGCGGAACCUUCCAUUAGUGGCAAGUCCCGUGGGAAACCCAAGAACACCGUCUAUGCAUUCUGGGGAUGUAGAAAUUGGUUCAUAUCGUAAGUACAAAUGGCAACAAACAAAGACGCACUCCAAUCCUGACCUUACUCGUGUUGGUCUUGGCAAGAUGUCUGAUACUAGGUCUGGCAAGAGUAGUAGCGCUGAAGCGAGAAUUAUUAAAGAACGUAAUCACAUUCUUUGAUGAGUACAGAAUUUCCUUGUCCCUGCGGUGAGGGAGUGUGUUCGUAUGGCCUGAAGACCUGGAAUCCCAUUUUCAUCCCAGUUUUCAUCCUGGUUUUCUAGAAUCGUAUGUCAUACUAAAUGUUGUUUGUAGAUAUUCAGUUGAAGUUAAUGAAAAGGAUAGGUUCCAAAGUACCCCUUGUGUUCUUUGCUAAUUAGCAUUAACAAUCUUUCUCUAAAAGAGUUUUCAAACAUGUGGCUUGCUUUAAAUCAUAUAUCACAGAUUAUUUUAGGACUGAAGGAACUAUUAGAUUAUUAAUAUAUAUAAAGACAUAUC